ACACAGCGCAACAUUUUGCCAAGAUCCAAGAGAUUUCUCUGUGUUUUCACGCACAAGGAUCGUGCCCCGGCCAGCCCCAGCUGGUAGCGUUGCUUCUCGAUCUUGCGAUUGUUAGCUAGCUUGCAAGGUCAAGGACGGGCCGGCGAUGGUGAACCUGGUGGAGGCGCAGAAACCGCUGCUGCACUUCCUGGUCAGGAGGGCCGGGCUGCGGCAGCACGCCGUCGACGUCGAUGGCGCCGGCACGGUGAUGACCUUCUGGGUGCCCAAGGACAAGGUUCCCAAGGAGAAGGGCACCGUGCAGGACAUCACGGGCUCCGGUCCAGCUACGGCCGAGGCCGCCGCCAGCAAGGUACCGGCCGCUCCGGCGGCGGCGAAGGAGGGCAGCAGCAGCAGCAGGCCCGCCGUGGUGCUCGUGCAUGGCUUCGCCGCCGAGGGCAUCGUAACCUGGCAGUUCCAGGUCGGCGUGCUGGCGAAGCAGUACGACGUGUACGUGCCGGACCUGCUCUUCUUCGGGGGCUCGACGACGCCGUCGACGGACCGGUCCCCGGGGUUCCAGGCGGAGUGCCUGGCGGCCGCGCUGCGGAAGCUGGGCGUGGGGGCGUGCACGGUGGUGGGGUUCAGCUACGGCGGGAUGGUGUCGUUCAAGAUGGCGGAGGCGCACCCGGACCUGGUCCGGUCGCUGGUGGUGUCGGGGUCCGUGGUGGCCAUGACCGACUCCCUCAGCGAGGCGACGCUGGAGGGGAUCGGCGUGAAGUCGUCGGCCGAGCUGCUGCUGCCGGAGUCCGUCAAGGGGCUCAAGGCGCUGCUCUCCGUCGCUACCUACCGGAAGCUCUGGUUCCCCGACCGCCUCCACAGGGACUACCUCGAGGUGAUGUUCACCAACCGCAAGGAGAGAGGCGAGCUGCUGGAAGGUUUGGUGGUCAGCAACAAAGACGCCACCGUGCCCGUCCUGCCCCAGAAAAUACUCCUGUUGUGGGGAGAGAACGACAACAUCUUCAACAUCGAGCUCGCCAAGACAAUGAAAGAGCAGCUCGGCGAGAAGACGACGCUGCAGAGCAUAAGCAAGGCCGGCCACCUGGUGCACCUGGAGAGGCCCUGCGUCUACAACCGGCUCCUCAAGGAGUUCCUGGCGUGCGUCACGGCUACCGAAACCACCAACAAGGAGUGACAAGGGCAGCUGGAAGGAGUUGGCCGCCUACAUUUGCCACGAGUUCUGUCUGUUUCGAAAUAACGAGAGAGAACGGACGACACUUCCACCACCCAAUAUGUCUAUUGUAUUGUUGUUGUUUGAGAAAGAUUUUCUGCCACGUGCCUAAAGUGCAAGAAUCAACGUUUAACCCAUAUAAAUAUGUACUAAUAGUUUUAAAAGCAGGUAUUCAAUGAGCUAUAUAUUAUUAUUUACAAA